AUGGCUGACCAAGUCCGCGAAUCUCUUGGGGCAAUGGGUCAUCUGUUGUCUGCAAUGAAGGCUCCUCUUCCGACGGGUACGGGCGAUGGCUCAGCCUUGUCUGUCGAAAAAGACGACUCGCUGGUUUCUACCCUCGGCACUAUCGUCAAGGAUGUUUCUCAUCUUGGUUUUGAUACAGUCGAGAAGGUGGCCAAGAUGACCCUCAAGACCAAGAAUGGAGACCUCAUUGAUGACAAAGAAUAUCUUAUGGAACACUUGAUCAACGCCGCUCAGAAAUUACCCGACGACGUAGUUGGUCAAAAGCUCACACAUGGCUUUGUGACCACUCUUUGGGACGACUUAGAACACCCUCCCAAGGUGUUCAUGAGUGAUAAAUACCAAUACCGCAGUGCAGACGGCUCUGACAACAGCUAUCUUCAUCCUCGUUUGGGCGCGGCUCAUGAGUCCUAUGCCCGCACUGUGAAGCCUGCAACCAUUCAACCUGGCAAUCUUCCGGACCCUGCCGUUCUGUUCGAUGUUCUCAUGGCCAGAGACAAGCCCACCGAACACCCGAACAAGAUUUCCAGCACCCUAUUCUACUUUGCCUCGAUCAUCAUCCAUGAUCUGUUCAAGACAAACCACAAAGAUUUCAGAAUCUCCGACACUUCAUCUUACCUGGAUUUGAGUCCACUUUACGGUAGCGACCAGGAAGAACAAAACAAAAUCAGAACCUUCCAUGAUGGAAAGAUCAAGCCCGAUUCGUUCGCGGAGACUCGUCUGCUGUCCUUUCCUCCUGGAGUUGGUGUAGUAAUGAUCAUGUUCAACCGCUUUCACAAUUACAUUGUUGAACAGCUUGCCCUGAUCAACGAGAACAGCAGAUUCACUAAACCUGCUCAAGAUGCUGGCCAGGACAAACGGGACAAGUACGACAACGACCUCUUCCAAACUGGCAGAUUAAUCACAUGUGGUCUAUACAUCAACGUCAUCCUCGUCGACUAUGUGAGGACAAUCUUGAACCUCAAUCGCACAGACUCUGACUGGUCGCUUAACCCGCGUGCCGAGUUCCCUGGCAUGCCCGAUUUGGGAUGUGGUAAUCAAGUCAGUGCUGAGUUCAACCUAGUCUACCGUUGGCACUCAGCAGUGUCGGAUAAAGACGACAAGUGGACUCAAGAGCUUUUCGCGAAAUUGUUCCCAGGCAGAAAACCGGAAGAAAUCCCUCAACUCGAAUUCUUGAAGACUCUGGGUCACAUGGAAGCUGACCUGAAAGCUCAAGAUCCCACGAAGCGUAACUUCCACGACAUCAAGAGGAAUGCGGAUGGCACUUUGCCAGACGACAAACUCGCCCAGAUUCUGAUUGAUGGCAUCGAAGAUUGUGCAAACGCUUUCGGUCCUCGUCAAGUACCUCUGGUCAUGAAACAGAUUGAAGUCCUGGGUAUUAGACAAGCGAGAGCUUGGAAUCUUGCCACCCUCAACGAGUUCAGAAAGCAUUUCUCCUUGAAGCCUUACUCAACAUUCGAAGAGAUCACUGCAGACAAGGAGAUUUCUGAAUCUCUCAAACACUUGUACGAUCAUCCUGACAAUGUUGAGCUGUAUCCCGGUCUGGUUGUUGAAGACGCGAAGUUCGCCAUGCGUCCCGGAUCAGGACUCUGUCCUUCUUACACAACUUCUCGCGCUAUCUUGUCCGAUGCUACAGUCUUGGUUCGCGGUGAUAGGUUCUACACGACUUCUCACCAUCCAGCAGCGCUCACCAAUUGGGGCUUUGCAGAGCAAGCAUCUGAUCUGAAGAUCAACCAUGGCUGUGUCAUGUACAAGCUCUUCAUGAAGGCUUUCCCCAACCACUUCCGCCCAGACUCUGUCUACGUCCACUUCCCUUUCACUGUACCUUCUGAGAUGAAGAAGGUUUUGACGGGCCUGGGCAAAGCACACAAGUACAAUUUCGACAGACCAGCUCCCCUCGCUCCAACCAAGAUGUUGUUCUCUUACUCUGCUGCACAGAAGGUUCUCUUCGAUCAGGAGGCUUUCAAGGUGUACUGGGGUCCUAAGAUCGAGUUCCUCAUGGGCUCCUCAGCUAAGAGCUUCAUGCUUGCAGGAGACACCAAGGUCAACACAGCUUCCCGCGACAUGAUGGAGCAAGCCCUGUAUCUCGGGAAGUUCUCCCGAAAAGAACCCACGGGCAACGAGAAAUGGCUCCUGGAAGUUCGCAAGUUCUACGAAGAGCACACAUCGAUGCUGCUCCAAAAGCACUCCUACAAGCUUGCUGGCACCAAUUACGUGGAUCUCGUCCGUGACGUGUCGAACAUAGUUCACGUACAUUUCUGCUCUGAAGUGUUCAAUCUCCCCCUAAAGACGGAAGCAAACCCGGAUGGUGCUUUCACCGAGAAGCAAAUGUAUCUCGUGAUGGCAGCUGUGUUCGCCUGCGUCUUCUUCGAUGUUGACCCCGAACAUUCCUUCGCUCUUCGACAAGGUGCUCACGACGCGAUCCAAGCUGUUGGCAAGCUCAUGGAGAUGCAGGUGCAGGCUUUGGCGAAACUACCUCAUCUUUCUGAAGCCGUCGAUCGUAUCGGCGAGUGGUGGUCAGGCAAAGAUCGUUCGAUUCUUACGCAAUACGGCAAGCAUAUGGUUGAGCGUCUGCUACAGACUUCCGGCAUGGACGUCCAGCAACUUGUUUGGGCACAAAUUAUCCCCACUGCAGGAAGCAUGUGUGCAAAUCAAGGCCAAUUCUUUGGCCAAGUGAUCGACUGGUUGUUCAGCGACGGUCGCGAGUACCUCCCACUACUACAUGAACUGGCAAUUCAAGACACACCCGAGGCCGAGGAGAAGAUCAUGCGCUACUUCCUCGAAUUCUCGCGUCUUCACUGCGAGACUGGCGUUUACCGCACCGUCGCCAAGGAGAUGAUAAUCGAAGACAUGGACCGUAGGGUCAAGCUCAAUGUUGGCGACACAGUUGCUCUCAACUUCCGCAGCGCAUCUCGUGAUCCAGACAUCUUCCCUGAGCCGGAGACUAUCAAGUUGGACCGUCCCAUUGACUCAUAUAUCCACCUCGGCCAAGGCCCCCAUCAAUGUCUCGGACAACCCAUGACGCUGGUCGCCAUGGGCGCUAUUCUCAAGACCCUCUGUAAACUUCCAAAUCUGCGCCCUGCGCCAGUCUGGCCUGGCCCUGUCGACAAGGUCAAGAAAGUUGUCAAGGACUUCUCGGCCUUGGCACCUGAUGUCGAGUUUAAGCCCGAAUGGGAGUAUCAUUGUUACCUUCUCGAGGAUUGGGAUCAGUAUUUCCCCUUCCCUGCAAGCUUGAAGAUCUGCUAUGAUGGACAGGCAGCUUAG